CGCUGAACCCGAAAGUAUCUCAUGACAGCACAUCCUUUAAGAACAGCUGGCGCAUGCAUGCUGCUAAAACUUCAAAGUGCUGGAAACUUUAAAAUUUAGUUGGAAACGGAAAAAAUAGAUUUACAAUGCCGACGGAUACCAAACGAAUUCAAGGGCCAGAUGCGUCGCAGAGUACUUUUCUGUAUAAGAAAAGGGCCAAUACAGUUCAACCAGCGCUACUAGAGGAAGGAAAGCGACAAGAUGGAAGAUCACCUCUAGAAAUCAGACCAAUAUUUCUCAAAGCUGGGGCGGUCAGUCAGGCCAAAGGAUCGUGCUACAUGGAGAUGAAGAACACCAAGGUCAUCUGCGCUGUGUAUGGGCCGCGAGAGGUGCCGCGGAGAGACGGCUUUGUCAUCAAUGGUCAGCUCAGGUGUGAGUUCAAAUUCGCCACCUUCGCCAGUGAAGUGAGGCACGGACACUUGACCAGUCACACUGAGAAGGACCUGGCGUUGCAGGUUCAACAAGCCCUGGAACCAGCGGUUUGUUUGCACAAGAUACCAAAGUCCCAAGUUGAUAUAUUUAUCACAGUACUUGAAAACGAUGGGAGUGUUCUGUCAGCAGCCAUUACAUGCGCAUCCAUUGCCGUUGCAAAUGCUGGGAUCGAGAUGUAUGACCUUGUUAUUGGCAGUUCGUUGAGACAAACCGGAGAAACACUGCUGCUAGAUCCAACAGCAUUUGAUGAAACUGCCGAGUCAGAGUCUACAGAUGAUACACAAGCAAUCGUCACUGUGGGGUUUCUUCCUUCUCUCAAACAAGUCUCGUGCUCGGUCCAACAAGGACAGCUCCAAUGUGAAGACUCUAUCAAGGCUUUACAGCAGUGUAUUGAUGUGUGUGAACGUUACUACCAAGUUGUCUACGAGUGCUUGAAGAAAUCGGUCAAGAAAUUAAAGUCACCAGUGGAGUCCCCCAUGGACGAAGCUCCUGCAUCAUGACACUGAUAGACGGCGCUAUGUCAGGUGGACCAUAUGAAAGCAUUAAGGCUGUAACCUAUAACAGACUCUUAUGUUGAAAUUAAGUGAAGUUUUUGAUGAUUUCAGCUGAGCAACCAUACAUGUGAAGAGUUAUAAGGGUUAAGAGAUCACCUCGUAUACCUAUUUCUUAUACUGGAUUGACUACUUGGGUCGGUCAUGGAUUAUCAAGGAUUGAUCCAGGGUAGAUUAGUCUGCAAGAACACAGUCCAAUUUGACACUUUACUACUAUUACUAAAGCCUUGAGCAGAGCCUGGCUCUGAAUGUCUCCGGUUGUGUCUGGAGCAGCGUAAGUACAGAGCCUGUGCAGUUUACCGUCAUCUUAGUCUUGCAGUGCAAACACUAGAGCGCUUUCGCAAAAACGAGGGAAGCAAAGACGACGGGAGAAUUACUGCGAUACAGCUCUUCCAUCGUGGUUAGGGAACGAACGCUAUCAUGGCCGCGUACGGUCGUGAAAAUCAACAGGACGGAGAAAAUUCUGGUUCGGGCAUGCGCAGAUUGUUUUUUCGCUUGUGCUACCGUCGUCUUUGCCUUCCGUCAUGUUUGCGAAAGCGCCCUACUGUUAAGCACUGUGACUGACAAGAGUUUGUGCCGGCAAACGAGGGUAGGUCACACAUGUGGAGAGGGAAAUGAGCUUGUAAUUCAUUUAUUUUCAGGUUUUCAUAUUUGUAGCAGAGCAAGACUUUGUUAUAACAAGUCCCAACAUGUUUUGGCAAAAGCUUGUUUAACACCUUCCCGGUAACAUUUUGAAUAAUUGUCAUAAUUGGACUUUCAGGAGUGAAUGUUUGACGUUAAAGUUGCUCAAGUGUGGGUAUACAGAGGGCAGCACACGGACGUACGCACAGGAGUGUAAUACCCAUGGGCUCAAUGUUAUGUAGUGAUCGCCAAGUUGUCUACUUUACUUUGCCUAUAUACCCACGCAUGAACAUCUUUAAAUGCUUCUGUGAUAAAUUGGACUUAUAUAUUUUCUUCGGAAAGGAAAAAACCUUCUUCAAAGAGGUUACGGUUUCUGCUUCUGGAGAAAAAUAUAGACCUUUUUACUUCAAACACAUCAUUCAGAACAUGGGAUUUGCUGCUCGCAGCACUGAAGAGGUUAAUAAUCCUGUCAUGUAUUUUACUUGUUAAGGAUGUUUCAAACAUCAAUUUAUAUUUGUAAAUCUUGUAAUAAAGGGAACAUUUCUCAUGUCUUUUUAAUGAGA